AUGAGGAACAUAUCCGCUGUCGUCUGUUCGUUAUGUGAUAAAAACAACAGCUGCACUGAAGUGGCAUACAAUCUUACUCAACACCUUUGGCCAGAUCAUUGUGUUAUAAACACUCCAUCAGCUAACUUUUCACUCAGAUUGACACAUGAGCCAUCUGACCUUUUUAUUAGAAAAGGUUAUAACUGCAAGGUAGAUUCUUAUUCUGCAUUUAACGAAAAUGGUGGUUUCCAUCAUACGGAAUUGCACAAUAAACUCCAGGAAGCCGGAAUAGACGCUUUAAUCAUAACAGGACUGGCACGUGAUUACUGCGUUUACUAUACAGCAAUGGAUGCUAAGAAACUGGGAUAUGAGACAUAUGUUGUAUUAGAUGCGACAAGACCAGUUACCAAGGCAACAGGAGAUUCUGCGGUAGCUGACAUGAAAAUCGAAGGUAUUCAGGUAGUCGAAUCACCCGAUGUAGCUGGGAUAAUUGCACAGAUUAAAAGUGAUGCGAAACAUUUACAUUCACCGUUUAUAUUGAUGAUUUCUAUAAUUCUAUGUUUCUUUAAGUGUGUCAUAUGCAUAUAG